GUGAGAGAAGAGGAGCAGCAGGAGGAGACGGAGCAGUCUCCUCUCUUCUCCAGUGACGCGCUCUCAUCCCCCUCUGUCCAACUCCUCCGAAACAAGCCUCCAGGAUUCUCCUCCGUCGCUCCCCUCUUCCUUUUUUCAGUUGCACCUAUAUAUAUGUUUCCCCCCCCCCCCCCCUUUGGUUUAUUUAUUUAUUUUUUUAAAUUACUUUCUCUAACCCCUUCGUCGCCCUCAACACCUCCAGAGAUGUAAGCAGAUAAUGAGGACCCCCCAUUCAAUCCUCUGGGCUUCAAAGAACCGAACAUCCUCAUCGUCCGCCCCCAUUUUUUUUGGACCUUCAGCUGCCUUUCAACAAUGUAGAAGAAGAUGCGCUGUCAUUUUAGCGACCAGGAAGCCAACUACAUGCCCUGUUUCUGCUCGCGUUUCUUACAUCUGUGCGUUUGCAGCCUGUGGGGUGGAAAUGAAAGCUCUGCGUAAAGGUAAAGUUUGAGGGUACCUCUCUGGUUUCCAGCUCACCUGUCCGCCUGCCCCUGUCCUCCUGACUGAUACCGAGGAAGAGGAACGUCAACAGAACAUUAGGCGAACUUCAAAGAGACCUGACUGUUGUUCUGGUAUUUUUUUAGUGGGAUUUGGCUACGUUAUUGGAGGAAUCUGAUGUGCGCAACGUUGAAGGAUAUGGCUUAAAUAAUGUUUGUGUUGACAGCUGGAGUAAGAUCCGUAACUUGAGUGUUUUUUUUUAUUAUUUAUUUUCAUUUUUAUUUUAUUUUUUAUCAGCCUCAGCAAUUGUCGACUUUGGUGGAAUCCCAUCUAAAUGGGAGGAUACCUGGAGGACUGAUUCGGCAGUCGAGAAAAAUGUGGAUAAAACGGAGUGUUGCGCGCAGUCCGUCUGCUUUGAGGCCAGGCAGCUGUGUGGGGCACCGGGUGUGGAUCCUGUUGGCGAUGACUCACCUCACCCUGGACUUCUCUGUUUGCAGUCCCCUCAGUCAGGGUCUGGGGAUCAAACUCACACCUAAAUCGGUGCCUCGCUCACGACCUCGCUUGCAGCCCCUCUGGGAUAUGCCCAACAAGCUUCAAUGGAGAACAGUGAGCCCGUUGGCCCGUCGCCUCCUCAACCCUGUCCCUCCCCUCCAAGACAACAGGGCAGGGAUAGGGCCAAAAGUCAAAGGUCAAAAGCAUCGAAAACCAGCACAUAAAGGACAAGCAGCAUGUAAGGAGUGCCGGUUGAGGUAUUCUCGAAUAGAGACAGGUGAUCCUUUGGCUGUAAUAGCAGAAGCUCCAGCGGCUUUAUCAAGUGGGAAGUCGUUAAUUAGAGCCAGAAGGCAGCUCAAAUGGGACAGCUACGACAAGUCUCAGGAGGGCCGGACUACCACGGUGGCUGGAUUUAUUGACUGGGGACCCACAGGGACAGAUAGCAUAGAUGAUGAUGGCAAACCAGAGCCCAAUGUAACACUGUCCACCAGGGCCUCAGUUACCACAGUGGUCGCAACCACUAGCACUACAACCAGGCUCUCCCAAAGGCCGUUAACUGUGGUGACCACCCCAGAGUCCAAGAGCACCACCAAGCCCACUAUCAGCCACACGGAGACUGUCAAACCAACAAAGCCAUAUAGGGACACACCAGGUUUGGCAGUUCACCAGAUAAUCACAAUCACUGUGUCUCUCAUUAUGGUUAUCGCAGCCUUGAUCACAACACUCGUCCUUAAAAACUGCUGUGCGCAGUCUGGAAAUGGUCGCCACAAUAGCCAUCAGCGCAAGAUCCACCAGCAAGAAGAAAGCUGCCAAAACCUGACAGACUUCACCCCAGCCCGGGUACCCAGCAAGGUGGACAUAUUCACUGCCUACAAUGACAGCCUGCAGUGCUCACAUGAGUGCGUUCGGACUGCCGUGCCCAUCUACACUGAUGAGAUGAUCCAGCAGACGCCCGUCUACAAGUCUGCUUACAAUGGAAACAGGCCCUCCCCCACUGAGAGACAACUGAUUCCUGUGGCCUUUGUGUCAGAGAAGUGGUUUGAGAUCUCUUGUUGACGAGCUGAAGGCCUUGUUUACGUUCUGUGGGUGGAAGAGACUUCCUGAAUUCAUGCUCUGGAUCCAGUUGGAAACAAGACACACACAAAACAGCUUCUUUUGUAAAAUAGCGUGAUCACUCUUUGGACAGUGGUGAAGAUAUUUAUUUUUCUAGAGAUGACAAGCAGAGCAGACACAAUGCUGCCACUCCAUAUUUCCAGAAACCUACAGUCAUUUAGAUAUAGAUUAUAUAUAGAUAUAUUUACAGGAUGUAUGGAACAAGACAGUGGACGUCACGGAUGUCUCAAGGAAAAUAUUUGACAUUUGACAAAGGAACCCAAGGAGCUGCUUUGGGUGGAAGAUGAACUGUAUUUCUGAACAAUGUGCCAAUAAUGCCACUAUGUGCCACAACCUGGACUGAUGAAAGUUUCAACAACAACUGAUGGACUAAAAAAAAGAGCGCUCUAUUAACCCUGUAUCAACUCCAAUUACAUUUUUUUGUUUGUUUUGUUUUUUUAAAGAAAUGUGAAAGUUAAAAAAAAUGCUACAAAUGUAUUUGAAUAUGUUUUGAAAUAGUUUUAAGAAAUGUGUUGCAAAAGAGUCUAAAAGAUAUUUAUAUGAAGCACUAUUCUAUUAGCUGGGGAAGAGAUGAUGGAAAAAUAGAAACGGUAUAUGCUUUAUUGAAUAGUUGAUUUGAAAACAUUGUUUCUAUAGGUCCCAUUUUAAAAACAGAAUAGUUAUGUCUAUUUUUUUACACUGAUUAAUCUGCCACAGCCCUAACAGUGGAGGUCUUAAGUGCUUAAAACCACUGUUAAUGAAAUAUUCCCACCCCAGCUGAGAUUAUAACAAAGAAACCAUCUAAAUACCCUUAGUAGAAGCCAAUUCAGUGCCCACUUCAACUGCAUAUUAUGGAACAACUGUACCAGAUCUGGCUAAUGGAAAAUCACACAAAAGGCUUCAGUGGUGCAGCUCAUGGUAUCAACAAUUCCCACAGCAGUAAAUUCAUGUAUAGAUUGAAUAUGACACCAGACUGCAUGGAACUAGACAGGACAUUCAUACUGUCUCAGGUCUGUCUAGUUCUUUUGCACACUUCAUAUUGGUCUCUGUCUCAACAGCUGUUUGGGAUAAAUUCUAAUGAAUGGUUCUGAUUUAGAGCCGAGCUGCAAUGAUAAGGAGUGGAACAGAUUUAAUUUGAGCUUCACAUUCAAAUAAUUCAUGAGAUAAUUUGCAUAAAUAGCAAAGAGAUUGAAAAAUGAAUCCCUCCACAGAUAGUAAUUGAAUAUCCCCACCCCAGUCCCAGAUUGGUUCACUUCUGAAUUUUUUUUCUCAAAGCCUAAAACUCUGAAUUAUAUUCAGAAAUUCAAGAAGAACAUGAGCCAAUUUGUUGAGCAUGGAACAUGAAAUUAUCUUCAGUUUUUAAGCUACAACUGGAGAAGAAGCUGUGAAGAAGCUACAUGGUGUUCCUCAGGAUCAAAAUGAUCUGCGUCACGCAUUUAAUACAGGAUGCCAGUAGUAAAUAAUUCCCUCACCAAAAAUGUUGUAAGGGUUACUUCUCUGUGGACUCCAUGCAGUACAAUAUUUCUAGCAUAUCAGAGUUUCAGCUAUCACAGCCACGAUGUUCAGUGUUGUGCACAAAAUACAUCAGUUUGUGCCAAAGAAAGCUAAGAAAAAAUAUGAUACAUAAUUGACAAAAAGUCAGAUUUGGUUCUUUCAAACACCUAAAAUACUUCCACAGUAUUUUAUUGAAGUAAAAGAAUUAAGACAAGCCAAUCAGUGCUAACAAAUUGAUUUCAACUCUCUCUUAAGUCAAGGUGAGUGAACUCCGUGGUGAGGAAGGACAGUAAAGCUCUCCUGAGAGCUUCCUAGCACUAAUAAUUUUAUUAUCACCUUCAAGCUCCAAAAGACAGAUUACCUUUGUGCUAUGAGGCUUUUGAGAAAGUUGCCUAUUAAUCUACCUUUCAUUGUGCUGUGGGUUUGUACAAAGCACAAAUACAAUUCUGUAAUUGUAAACGUUUUUGGCUGCAGACAGCAAUAUGUACAGAUUUAAAUGGUAGGUUUUGCUGGGUGUUCUCCAGUAAUUCACUUUGGUGGUUUUUAGACUUUAGUACUCACUUCUUUAAAGGAUUGAAGAAAACAGAUUGUCCCAGUGAGAUCAGUAUCUGUAAAUGUGAGCCAUUCAGGAGGUGUCAAGAUGGCUUGGGAUAAACACUGUGGUGCAGAAACCCCUGCUGGCCCAUUCACAACAUGAAGACCACUCUCAUGAAUGACCCAUACCAGUUCAGCCUCACAUGUGUCAGGCUGUGUUGCUUCUUUGACAUAACAUAUAUUUUUUUGAAUGAAAAGUGUUAUCUUAUUAGUCAGAGGGUUAUGAAACUUACUGUAUAUUAUACACGUGUAAAUGUAUUUUCUAUAUAUUUGCUUCUAUUUGUGUACAGGUGUGUUCUAUUUUUCAAGACCUCUUCCAUUUCUGGGAGGGUUUCAGCUAGGUCGGGGAUAGUGUCUUUGUUUACAUGUGUAACUACAAUAUUUCUUUCAAAACACAAAACUAACCUUGUGCCAAGCUUCUUACCUGCACUUUCAAGCAGUACUUGUAUUAUAUCUUUAGCUAACCAGUAUAAUACUUCAGUAGACGCUGCAAUAGUUCAGAGACAGGACGGUGACUUCCAGGUUAAAUGUCUGAAACUAACAGUGGUUUUAAAAGGUGUUGUGAUCAUAUCUUGGGUUCUGCUGUAUUCAUGGUUGGCUGGGAAACCAAUGACUUGCUCUUCUUAAAAAUCAUUUCCACAUGGAUUUUAAUGUGUUCCACAAUGUGAAAAAAAACAACAACUUUAAUUCCAACAGUAGCUGCCAAGAAACCAACUAAACUUGAUCAAGACUGGGUUGCAUUCAUUUGUCAUAUUUCCCAUUCUGUAUUUGUAUAUACAUAUUGCUGCUCCAGGAUCUGUACGAUUUGACACAUAUUUUACGGUAAUGACUGCGAAAAGUCACUAUUAGCAUUUAUCACCAUGUGAAAUAAUCAGGGAAAGACAUUUCCAGAAAAAAUUGUGAAAGGAAGAUGGUCUGUAAAGUACACUGUCUGUAUUUUCCUUUUUGAUGUGACUGCUCAGUCUUCACGGUUAAAAAAAACACAGGACCAAGAUCAGAGUUGAUAAGGUUUCUGCCUUAUUUCCUUAGUCAUGUUGGUGGUAUGGCUUGGGUGUGUUUUAGACAGAUUCUUCUUACACAUAUAUUAACUAACACGGUAAACCAGGAUAGAACAUGAUAGAACAUGGUAAACAUAUAUACACUGUUCAAAAGUUUGGGGUCACUUACAAAUGUCCGUAUAUUUGAAAGAAAAGCAGUUUUUUUUUUCAAUUAAGAUAACAUUAAAUGAAUCAUAAAUCCAGACUAGACAAUGUUAAUGUGGUAAAUGACUAUUCUAGCUGGAAACGACUGAUUUUUAAUGGAAUAUCUCCAUAGGAGUACAGAGGAACAUUUCCAGCAACCAUCACUCCUGUGUUCUAAUGCUACUUUGUGUUAGCUAAUGGUGUUGAAAGGCUAAUUGAUGAUUAGAAAACCCUUACGCAAUUAUGUUAGCACAUGAAUAAAAGCGUGAGUUUACAUGGAAAACAUGAAAUUGCUGGGGUGACCUCAAACUUUUGAACAGUAGCGUAUACAUAUAUAUAUGCUGUAUUUUAUCAAACUCAUGCUUAGCUCAGAGUUGUUGAUGUGAUUACAUGCAGACUCUCAAAGCUGCAAGUAAAGCUGGAGACUCAAAAGCCCUUUUCGGACAUGGGAAAUGUAACAUUGCGGCUUCAUCAAUCUAGUAAAGUGAAAAGUCUAAUUUUCUUCACAGACAUACUCCCCACAAUGAUAGAGACAUCCACGGUAUGAUAUUUGUCUCACACAGAAUAUUAGAGAGAACAUGCAGUGAUGUAUAAUACAUAAAAAUGCACUAAAAAACAAAAAACUAAAUUGUAACUAAUAACUGUUUAUCAAAGUGUCCAAACAACUGACAGUUAGCUUAUUUAUGAUUUCCUAAACAGUAAAGAUUGUCCAUUUAUGAUGAUAAUCAAACCAUGACUUUGCUAACAGCAAAGUAAAAAUAUCUUGACAGCUGUGAUGGCGGUUCGGACUCAACAUAAGGACGGUCGCUUUGUGACAAAUGAUUGAACUGCAGCUGAUAAACUGAGUGUGUGACCACUCACCUGUCUGAGGACAGGGAAAGUACACAGUGUGAUCUGCUGUUAAAUCCUGAUCCACCCUGUCUGUAUGUCAGGGAUAUUUUGUAAUGAUAAAUAAUUAAUGAAGUUACGACUGUAGUUCCAUGUGCAUAAAUGUGUGCAACUCUGUCCUUUUUGAGAUUUUCACAUGGAUCCGGCUGCUGUCCGAUGCUGCAGGUGUUUACUAAACUCCACAAACGACUGGAAGCAACAAACUAAACAACCAGUCAUUUUAACAUUUUGUCAAAAUACAGACAACAUUCAUUAAUUAGUAAGUCUCAUUUGGUCUUUUCUGAAGUAUCGUUAUACUUUUAUGAACAUUUUGGUUUGUAAUAGAUGUGAACUUGAACAAUGAUGUGGACAAGACAAAGUGUUUUGUGAUUUUGGCACACAGACUGUCUUUUGUUCUCUGAUGUUUUGGACCACUGUUGGUGCUGACAAAGUCUUCCCCAAAUCACUUCACACAACUCAGAAGUACUUCUCUUGUUUGUGUGUAUCCCUUAAUGUCACUGCAUGCACUUCAGACUUGCACUGUGUACAGAAAUGCCACUCGCUCCGACCUUGUAAGAUCACUGUCUGGACUUUUACAAGGAAGUGAACAGAGCGCUCAUUCAGAAAUGAGGCCAACAAGCUCAGUUGUGGAAAUGGAUAAGUGGAAAGCAGUGCGUGUCUGAAAAGGGCUUUGGCCAGCAUUUCUGCUGUUUUAAAUGGCAUUGUACUGAGACAUGUGAACACAGCAACAUUGCUACAAUGAAGCUAGACAAAUGAAAACACAAGCAAGGACCAACUUCUAAUGCAAAUACAGUAGGUCCAGAAUAAGCUUUGAAGCUAUCUUUGAAGUGUAAUGGACAUGGUGUUUACAAUAUACAGUUUGUGUAAUAACUUUAUUUUCUCUUUGAAGUACAUUUGAGUACCUGGAGUUUUGUUUUCAACCUGUCUGAUGGUCCUGUUAGACUGACUGUUAACAACUGACGCAGUGAAUACAAUGUUAGAACUGAUGGUAGUGAUGGCCAAAGCUAUGAAAUUAGGUUCUUUUUUUCAACUAAUUUUUCACAUUGCGCUAAUCUGUUGUUUGCACUUACAUAUUGCUGAUUGUGAGAGAUCUGUGCUGAAAUAUUGACAAGUUGGGGCUGCACAGUGGCUUGGUGGUUAGCACUUUCACUUUGCAGCUAGAAGAUCCCUGGUUCGCAUCCCGGCCUUCUCGGGAUCUUUCUGCAUGGAGUUUGCACGUUCCCCCCUGUGCAUGUGUGGGUUUUUUCUGGAUACUCCGGUUUCCUCCCACAGUCCAACAACAUGCUGAGGUUAAUUGGUGAUUCUAAAUUGUCCGUAGGUGCCAAUGUGAGUGUGCUUGUUUGUUUCUAUGUGUAGCCCUGUGAUAGACUGGUGACCUGUCCAGGGUGUCCCCUGCCUUCACCCUAAGUGAGCUGGGAUAGACUCUAGCCCCACCCCCAACACACACACACACACACACACACACACACACACACACACACACACACACACACACACACACACACACACACACACACACACACACACACACACCGGGACCCUCAUGAGGAUUAAGUGAUACGUAGAUAAUGGAUGGAUGUAUGGAUGGAUAUUAACAAGUUCCCUUCUAUGCCCACAACUUUAUGGAAUUGGGACUGUUAACCAUUUUACCAAUUCUUCAAAUUGCUGUGAAAUGUUUCACCAAGGAAGGUAAUUGUAGUUGCUAAGUUUCUGUAGCGCUAACAGAGUACCUGAUUAUUAUGGAAUGUCAAUGUGACCCUUAAAAUUGUUGAAAUUUUCUAUAAGCUGUUAAUGAUGAUGUGAGAGUAAUUUCUGGUAGUUUGGAAUAUACUACAUCAGAUUGUUGAACACUGGGACACUGACAUUUGUCUGUGUUUCAUAUUUCAGGGACAAGAGGUUUCAGUUAGCCUUGAAAAGCUUGUUUGUAUUAUUACGAGCCCUCAUUAAAAUCACAAGGACUGCUAGCUAAGAGAAUCCACUUUGCAUUUGUGAAGGACAUUUAGACAAAGAAAAAUGUAACCAGCAGCUAUACUUUAAACAGGCACGAAUGUGUGGAGACAUCAGCAUACAUCACCUAUCCUCUGGAAUCAAAGUGAAAAGUAAAGGAAAUGCCUUAGUGCUUUCUUGCCAUUUCAGUUUAGAUUCAGGAUAGCUGAUGAGUGUUUUCUAUUGUAGCUAAGAGGGAGGAAAAUUAUUCCACUGGUCAGAUUUGAUUCAGGAAACAUUAUCUGAGAGUAGUCUAGGCAAAAGCAGGGGGGUGGGGUGGGGUGUGUGUGUGUUGCAGGGCAAAAACUUGACAUGCCUUUUUCACAACGAAUGAAUAUUUUGCAGCUCCUGUUUCUGUCUCUUCAGCAACCCAUGAAACCUACGCUCCCUUCAGCACAAACAAGCUAUCAAUCAGCAAGGCUUUUCCUGUCAAGAUGAGGGAUGUGGCACAUUUACAGGGACUGUGAUUCCUGUUUGCAUGUCAGACACACAGAGUGGAACUCAUUGGCAUAUGUGUUUUUUAAUUAGAUGUUGGCUGAACAUCUUCAAGGCUAUUUUUUUUUUCCUGUUUUGACCCGGAUGCUUUUGGAAGCAUUUGUAUGCAAAGAAAGGAGGUAAUCUAGCAACUCUGUUUAAUCAUGACCCUUUGCUGUCUGAUUAGCUCAAUAACAUAUUACACAGCUGGCAUUGACAGUGACGUGGGGGCUGUUUUUAGUUUUUAAAAACUUAAUAGGAGACUUGUACAAUAAAGUGGGACCCAGCAAAGAGGAUGAAAACAUUUGAUAAUACAGCAAAAAAUUUUAAUGCAGACAAAAGGACAGAGCUUAUCUCUCUAGACAGACAUGUAACUUCCUGAUUCCAUUUUUCAGUCGUCAAAAAACUGUAGCUCCUCACUCUGCUUUUCCUCGUCUUUUCAGAAAAAUCACGUACUGUGCGCUUACUGUAUCUAAAGCGGAGGGCUUUGACUCUCCUCUCGGGUCAUGUUUUUACUGUUCUAUUCACAAGAGCUAAUGCACUGUCUCUGUCAGUGCUUAUCAAUACAGUCAAAGACUUGAAAAUAGAAAAACAUUUUGUUUGCAGUAUCUCAAUUCUCCCAUAAUCCCUCUGCUAGAUGGAGACUAGCAGCGUGACUCAAAUCUGCCGUUGUGUCAAUGAAUCCGCAUAGAGGGCCUCUAGCACUGUAGGAUGCCUUCAGAACAAAGCGCAGGCUUGCAAUUAGUGACAUGGCAAGGAAAUUUCAGAUGUUAAGAAAAUGUUGAUGCAUUGUUUCAUGUUCGCUGAGACUUGAUCGAAAUCAAAGUGGAUGUAGGUGCCAAAAAAUGACAUAAAAAAAACAAAUACCAUAAGUAGAGUAUGACUUUCAAGGGGUAGGAUAUUUGUAGAAUAUUUGUUUUCUUUUGUUGGGGGAAGGGGGUGUUCACAUAGGGGCACACAAUGUAAACCAUUGAAGCUACAAUCACAAUCCAUCCCUACCGUGAAGGAACCUGACUCAAGUCGUGUUGUCGCCAUAAAAAUGAAGAGUUUGUACUUUGUGACUCUUAAACUUUUUAUAUUUGUGUUUAAUAUAUCAAUGAGUACCUCUGUUAACUUUUGUAUAAGACUAUAGUAUAUACAAACACAUACAUACACACACAACACACCUCCACAAAGGGACUCCAGUCUGUCUCUGUGACGGCUAAAUGUUGUAUAACUUUUAUUUUGUGUCUUAUGAACCACAUCUCUUCCUUUUGUAGUUAUUGGUAAAUGUUUCAAUUUCCAGGUGACUUUGAUUUGGUUACUCUUGUACUACUAAGCUCUGUAUUUGCAAGCACUGUAAAUGCGAUUCUCAUUGGAUUCGUCCUCUGUACAUUUAGUACUCUGAUGUUGCUAUUAAUAAAAUGUAAAACAUCACAGGCCUGUGCUAUAAGGACUUUGUUGGAAUGAGUCUGGGGGAACGCAGCGAUCAGAGCAAACAGCACAAAAUAAAAGAUUUGAAUAUGAA